CCUCUCCUCCCAAACGCAAACCAACUCGCUCCUCGUCUCUUCGGCCGGCAAUCCCACCGCCGCGAAACCCUAACCGCAGAGAGGAGGCAAGGCAACCGAGAGGGCCGGCGCCAUGAACGACCUCAUGACCAAGUCCUUCAUGAGCUACGUCGACCUGAAGAAGGCGGCGAUGAAAGACCUGGAAGCGGGGGGCGACGGGGUCGAGCUCCCAGAGGCGGGCGGCGUCACGGACGAGCGCCUGCGGGGAUUCUUCGAGGAGGCGGAGGCGGUGAAGGCGGAGAUGGCGGCGAUCCGCGACGCGCUCGACCGCCUCCACGCCGCCAAUGAGGAGGGGAAGUCGCUCCACCAGCCCGACACCCUGCGCGCGCACCGCGGCCGCGUCAACGCCGACAUCGUCGCCGUGCUCCGCCGGGCCCGCGACAUCCGCGCCAGGCUCGAGUCCCUAGACCGCGCCAACACCGCGCAACGGAGGCUCUCCGCGGGGUGCCGCGAGGGCACGCCGCUGGACCGCACGCGCACCGCCGUCACCGCGGGGCUCCGGAAGAAGCUCAAGGACCUCAUGCUCGAUUUCCAGGCGCUGCGGCAGCGGAUGAUGUCCGAGUACAAGGAGACCGUGGAGCGCCGCUACUACACGCUCACGGGGGAGGUCCCCGAGGAGGAGGUGAUCGAGCGCAUCAUCUCCGACGGCCGCGGCGAGGAGCUCCUGGGCGCGGCCGUCGCGGAGCACGGCAAGGGCGCCGUGCUCGCCACGGUGCACGAGAUCCAGGACCGCCACGACGCGGCGCGCGAGGUGGAGCGCAGCCUCCUGGAGCUCCACCAGGUGUUCCUCGACAUGGCCGUCAUGGUGGAGACGCAGGGGGAGAAGCUUGACGACAUCGAGAGCCACGUGGCCAACGCCUCCCACUACGUGCAGGGUGGCAACAAGGAGCUGGGCAAGGCAAGGGAGUACCAGCGCAGCAGCCGCAAGUGGCUCUGCAUCGGCAUCAUCAUCCUGCUGCUCCUCGUCCUGCUCAUCAUCGUGCCCAUCGCCACCAGCUUCAGGAAGUCUUGAUUGAGACGGAGGAACAACGCCAGAGUUGUGAAUUGUGAUGAGGGGUUCGAAUUACAUUCGAUGGGUGGGUGGGUUCGAAUGAUCUGGACACUCUGCGGUUGUGUCUCAUCAUGUUGUUCGAUUUGUUCCUUAAUUACUUGCUGCCUGAAUGUUUCUGUAUCCAUCAGGAUUUAGCUGAUGAAAACACCAUUAAUUGCAGUUCCUACUUGUUAUUGA